AUGGAAGAUUACGCGGAUAUCGGGCUGAAUCUGCAAAAUAUCCUAGCUGCAACUUCCUUACCUCCUCUCAACGUCCCUAUGGACUCGCCAUGCAGCUCCAUGACGGCGUCUGGCUCCAAAACUUCGCCCAGUUCCUCGUCUCCGGCUUCAGCGGGCGCUGUGGACAACUUGGCCAAUCUUUUGUUGGACAAAGCCAUCCGAGCGCAAGGGCAAAAGAUUCUGACGGAGAAUCAGCAUGCUGUCGGGAAUAUUGACCUGUCCCUUUUCGAUCCCUCCAGUCCCUCGGAGCCGAAGAAGAAGCGAAAAAGAACGAAGAGGAAUCCCGUCUGGAACUUUUUCAACACCGACGAAGAGCAUGUGGCAUAUUGUCAGCGAUGCGAUUACAGUACGAAGAGUGCGUUCAGUACGAAUUUGAAGAUCCAUUUGAGGUGCCAUCACAAUGAAACGUUCCAGGUGGUAAGUAUAAUGUUUUUUGAGGAAAUGGACGAUUUUUAAAAGUAAUUCUAACGCCAUGUGGUUUAUUUUUGAAGUAGAAGGGAUAAUUUUGAUAAUUAAUUACGUUUGAGGGGGAAAAAUACGAAAGUAAUGUUAUAAUAGGUAUUUUGACCUUAUUUUAGGUAAUAAAUUCUCGAUUUUUUAAAAGUUUCUAGUUUUUUUAUGCGUAGGAACAAAUUAGACUUCAAAAUUGUAUUUUCGUCAAAAUCGCCAGCUAUUUCGAUGCAAUUUUUGCAAAAAUUAUAUUAUUUUAGCUAUCUGGGACCUUAUUUUAGAUAAUAAAUUUUUGAUUUUGUGAAACUUUUUAGUUUUUUUAUGCGUAGAGACAAAUUUGACUUCGGAAUUGUAUUUUCAUCCAAAUCGAUCAUUGUUUGAACACAAUUUUUCACAAAAAUUAUAUUAUUUUAGCUAUCUGGGAUCUUAUUUUAGGUAAUAAAAUUUUUACUUUGCAAAACUUUCUAGGGUUUUUGAUGCGUAGGUACAAAUUAGACUUCAAAAUUGUAUUUUCGUCCAAAUCGGUAGUUGUUUUGACACAAUUUUUCACAAAAAUUAUAUUAUUUUAGCCCUCUCGGACAUUAUUUUAGGCAAAAACUGAUGAUUUUCUUUCAGGUCCAAGAAAUGGAACGUCAAAUCUACGAAAACCAACUCUCUCAGAACUUGAUCAAAGCCAAACCGGAAACGCCAAAGCCCAAAGCAUCCACUCCGGAUGAGAAUGAAAAUGCCGAGGAAAACAACAGUAAGUUACAGUAAUCCCCCAAAUUUUUUGCAAUUUUCGGAUACUGAAAUACAGCUUUAUAUUGUAUUUUUCAUCAGUUUCCGGUCCAGAAAUCCCACUUUUAUAGCAAAAAGUAUUUUUAUUCGAAAAAUAUUUAUCUCCGAUUUUAAUCGUGGGAUUAAUGGCUAUGAACUGUAAAGUUGUUUCUUCAAAUAUUUUCUCAAACAGUCAGGAAUCGGUGGCCGCUCCGAUAAAGGGCCCGAGAUUAAGUGUUUUUUACAAUAGGACUAAACGUUUGGGGUGGGAUCCUGAGGGGAUUAGGAGAUGAAAUUGUCUUUUAAUACGGCUCAAAACAGUUAGUUAAGUUAAUUGGCUUAUAUAAGGAGAAUUACUGUAGUCUCUUGUGGCUAAAUCUGUCAUUUUUGUUUAGAUUUGUGCUAAAAUUUAUAUUACACUUGAUAUUCUAAAUUGAUUUUUGGUAUUAUUCAGAGUCUAACACUGAUUGAUUGGUUGAAUAUCGACUUAAUAUUCGAUUUGAUCACUCUCUUCGCUAUUCUGGAGGGUCUGACGUCAGUUCUUAUCAAAAAAUUAUAUUACACUUGAAAUCAAAAUUUAAUUUUUGAUAUUAUUUUGGCUACAAUCAUCUCUAUUGUUGCUUAAAUACACUAUCCAACUACUGUAUUAUCUUAAAUCCAGAUUUUUGCACUAUUUCUGACCAAAAAAUUAUAUUAUACUAGACAUCAGCCCUAAAAAAUUUAACAAAAAUUGUCUAAUUUUCCUAAAUUAUGAUCUAUAAUGGCCCCAUAUUUGCAGUCAGCGGAUUUAGCCAGCAAUUGCUGAGUUUGUUCAACACACCGGACUCCAAAAAUACUUCGAUGACUGAUGGAGAAGGCAGUAAGAGGAAGCGAAAUAGAAAGCAUCCAGUAUGGAAAUACUUUGGGGAUGUCAGUGAUAAGGUGAGCAGAUUAUUUUGAGAUGGCUUUGACGUUGGUUGGAAGGGUUUUGAGAAAGAUUUUAGGGAUUUUUGGCUAUAAUGAGAUCAAAAUUGCCUUAUUUAAGCAAACUAUUGUAAUUUACUGCAGGUAAUGAUAAUAUAGAAAGAUAAAAAAGGUCCUUUAAGGCUUUUUUGAGGUGUCUUCUAUAUAUUUUAACAUUUUUUUGCAACGAAAUUCCUCGGAAAAACACUUUUUUGACCUUGUUUUACCUACUGUUUUAUCCAAUUUUCAGGUGGUCGGAUGCAAUAUGUGCGAGUUCCGGACGAAUUCAGCAUUCAGUACGAACCUCAAAAUGCACCUCAAAUCACAUCACAAGGAAGAAUUUAUCGAUGUAAUGGAUCAGGAAAUUGAGUUGUUGAAGAGAGAAGGAGACCAACCUCAAGAACAAGAAGGAAAGAGGAGGAGAAGGACUGUCGCUGAGCUCGAAGGAAUUGUCGAGAGAUGUAGAAUGAGUAUGCAGAAGGAGAAGGCCAAGAACUCCUCGCAAACACCGGCAUUGUAAGUUUUUGGAAAGAUUUUUAGGAUUUUGAUGAAAUUCUGGGGGAAAUGGAGUUUUUGAGAUUUUGAUAUGAGAAUAUGGUAUUAUUUAUUGUAUGUAGAGAUGAUUUAUGGGGUACUGGUCGGAGGAAAGAUUGAUUCAAAGAAGUUUUGACUUGUUUUGGAGGGAAUAUAAGCGAUUGAUUGAGAGUAGAUAGAGUUAAUGUCAAGUAUAAUAUAAAUUAUUGCCUGGCGUUACCGAAAUUUUAAGUUUGACUGUUUUCAAAGACUUUUUCAAGCUCUUAGAAGCCUCAUUUGACAAAUUUUACGAAAAAUAUUUUCAAGGUUCACUAAAAAUAUCAAAAUUUUGGCCCUUUGAAUGUUUUUGAAGCCAAGAUUACCAUAAGUUAAUCUAAUUUUCUGAUCUUAUUGGCUUCGCCAUAAAUCGUUAUAUUUAUAUUUCUUUUGCUUUGAAACCUCUAAAAAUUCCAGUAAAUCCCCGAAAAGUUCACACGCCAAAAAAAAUUUGAAGCCACAAAAUUCGCAACAAUUUUUUGUUUACAGUUUUGAGAUUAGGGGGCUUAUAAAGAUGGCUACGGUGUAUUUCCGGAGUAAAUUUUGCAGCGACGGAUGAGUGGGUUGUACGACAGCGUAGGUUAGAAUUUACGGCCAAGUUUUAUAUUGUAGUAGAUAUCAAUGGGUAGUUUUUGAAUUUUUUGAUGAUUGCUGAUAUUGUUGAUAGUAGAAAGGCUUACAAUAGUAUCCCUUAUAGAAUUUACGAUCUAAAAAUUGAAUUUUCAGAGCAGCCGCAUUGUCAAGCCCUUCAAGGAACCUUCUUUUUUCCCAAAUGGACAUGUUCCGAGACCCCUCGAUGCCUCAACUGAAUAAUGUUCAGCCGGUGAAUACUAACAAUGAUGUUGAAGAUAUCCCCAAUCUGUCACCAGAAGCCGAACCGGUGAAUCUAAAGAAUGCGUAUGAAAAUAUCCCUCAAGGAUUAAAUCCGACAUUGGACUUUGUCUUGAAGAACAUGAUUAAGAACGCAGCACUAAACGGGCUUGUUCAAUCGAUGGGAAGUGAUGAGAUUUUGAAAAAUAAGGCCUUUAGAGUAAGUGGAUAUCAUUUUUGGAUCCAUUUUAUUUUUGGGAUUUUGGAAUUGUUAUUUUUCCCGAAUUUUUUGAUAAUUUUUUUAUUUUCAGGAUUUUGUCAAUAUUUUGGACCCCAAUUUCGACCUUCCAACGACUCUUCCCACAUCCUAA